AUGGUUCAGUAUUGGCAUAUGGCUGAUGAAAUCGAUAACGAAUAUGACCAAUACCAGAGCAAAUUGAGGAAUAAGAAUGAGAAUAAAAAUGAUGUCUUGUGUGCAUUGCAUCAAGCGCGAAUAUUGAGAGAAAGAUGGCGUUAUUGGAAUGGAAAAGUGCCAUCCAAUGUCAGUGUUCGUUUACAUCGUUUGGAGUCGUUAUUGAUUACGUCAACUGAAGCGAAAAAGAACGUUAAUCUUCAACGAUCCCAAACUUUUAUCGUACCAUUAUCUAAUGCUCCUGACCCAAAUUCAAAUGAGAUAAGAAAAAUAACACGCAAUUCAGAACCACCCUCCAAGCGUCACUUUUUGGAAACAGCUUCAUCACAAACCAUGCCGUUAACGACUGAAAAUGAUUGUCAUGAACAGAUUGUUGGAGAAACAAAUCACAAUUAUGUAUCAACUAGUGUAUUUGAUGCUCUUAAGUCACGAAAUAAACAACAAUAUCAGCCAUGCGAAGAAAAACAACUGAAUAUAACAAGUUUACUCGAUUCAUCCGAACCAUUUCUGAGUGAUUCAACAUCGACACAUGACAUAACAUUAUUAUCAGGGAAAAGUGACCAACAACAUUAUCAACAGCAACAACAAUAUCAGUCGUUACCACAAUCUCAAACAUCAUUGGACAAAUAUUUUUUAUCGAAAAUAAAACCAACACAAAAUAUUGUUUUACAAGGUCCACAAUUAGAUAUUCAUAGUUCGAAUUACAAGCGUUCGCCAAAUAAAAGUAAACAUGUGUGGUCAUGGUGUAAUUGUUGUACAGCUAAAAUGUCAUAA